UUUGAUUCAAUAAUUGAUGUAGGGUUGAUGAAUAGACGGGGAAUUAUACAGCUGGUAUUUGCACUAUUUCUUUGAACACAGAUAUUUGGUACCUGAUUCAUCAUCAUUUCAAUUCCAGUCAUUUUUUAAAAGAAUGGCAAAAUCUUCGGCUCAGCUAACUAGAAGCAUGAAGAGAAUAGAAUCCAGAAAGUCACAUUCAUGGUGGUGGGAUAGCCACAGUAGCCCCAAGAACUCAAAGUGGCUUGCAGAAAAUCUCGAGGAAAUGGACCGUAGAGUCAAACAUAUGCUGAAGCUGAUUGAAGAAGACGGGGACUCCUUUGCGAAAAAGGCCGAGAUGUAUUAUCAGAAGAGGCCAGAACUUGUAUCUCAGGUUGAGGGGUUCUACCGCAUGUAUCGUUCUUUGGCGGAGCGUCAUGAUCUUCUGACAGCAGAGUGGAGGAAGAAUAUUCUGUCGGACCUUCAAUCUCAGGAUUCCGGCAUCUCCGACGUCAGCUCUGAUCUUCCCUCUAUUUGUACCUCCCCUGAUCAAAGGCCAAGACGUCGUAAAUCCCACCAACUAGCAGCUGGUGGGAGCAGUUCUGAUGUGCGUCCGAAAGGAGAUAAGCCAUCUUCUCCAACAGAUUCUGAAUCGGAAUCUGAGGAUUCAUCGACAAAUAUUCACUCGGUUAUAUCAGGGAAUGAGGAUGAUCAAGAGGUGAGUGGGCAUAUGGUUUUAUUGGAGAUUGAGCUCCACGAAGCGAAAGAGAAGCUACUGAUGCUAGAGGAAGAGAACACUGAUCUUCUUGCUAGAAUUAGAGAACACGAAGAGCGAACAAAAACAGCGAACACGGCAUUAGGACUUCAAAACAAGAUUGGUGCAUUGGAGAAAGAAAAUGAACAUGAAGAUAGCAAGAUGGAGGCAUUGUUGGAAGAGUUGAGAAUUGCUAAAGAAAUGCUAGAGGGUUCCGAGAAAGAAAUCGCUACUUUGAAGCUUGAAAAGAAGCAGCUUGAUGAUAAAAUUCAAGAUUUUCAGGGUCAAAUCGAUACGGCUCAAAGGGAGAUAAUGACAUGGAAAACGAAACUGGAUACGGAGAAACAAAAGGUCUCCAAGCUGCAGGAAAGACUUGCUAUGGCAAAGAAUAGUUUAUCAGACAGGGAUCACGAGAUUCAUCAUUUAAAGAAAGCCGUAUCCGAUGCAGAGCAGAAGAAUUUUCCCAAAAAAGCUAAUACCAAUGCUGAAAUGUCAAGAUCGUCCGAAGAACGGCUGAGAGGAUGGGAAUCAUGUGGCCACUCUUUGGGGGAGGAGAUCCGAAAAACGGCGAAUGAAAAAAGAGAAUCAGAGGAGAGUCUUCAAAGUGAAAUUGAAGUGUUGAAACUGGAGAUUGCUAAGAGAAGUGAUUGCAUUGAAGUUUUACAUGAUAACCUUGAGUUUGUAAAAUCAGAGAGAGAUGAGCUUAAGGGUUAUAUCAUUUCACUCAAGGCCAAGGUUAAUUCGAGGGAAGAUCGGAUUGUUCGAAUGAAGAAGCAUCUACACCACUUACAUAUGGAACAUGUGAAGGUAAUUGCUGAAGCCGAAGGAGCACACAGAUUGGUGGAUGAGUUGCUAUCGAAAGGCAAGGAACUUGAGGAUGAAAUUGAGCAGCAAAGAACCAUGAUACUCGAGCGAGAUGAAGAGAAACGAGAAGCUAUAAGGCAGCUUUGCUUCUCCCUCGAGCAUUACAGGUACGAGAAUCGUGCGCUUCGGCAAGCAGUUAUCGAUCACAAGAGAAUUCCGGUUUUGACAACAUAAAAUAUUAUUAUGAAAAAGGAUCUGAAGUUUCUUCAAUUUGAAGUUGGAAAUGUUUGAAUAGUUUUCCCUGUUACCUUAGCAUAGUGCAUGCUUGAAAAAGAUCAAUCAGCAUCCUAAGUUAUACUAUUGAUUUAAGUCUUGUAACUAAAGUAAGAUUUAUGUCAUAAUCUGGUCUAUGAUGCAAGUAUUCUUACAAGCUUAAGUACCUAUAAAAUUAUGCAUAUACAUUCAAUA